CUCUCUCUUUCACUAUCCAUUUCUCAGUAACGCCCGCUGUCUUAAAGAAGACGAAACAAUCUCUAACUUCUCUCUCUAAAGUCUUCCAUGGGAGGUAGCUUAAAGCGUUGAACAAAUUAUUAGCACAGACAAAAGAGAAGAAGAAGAAGAAGAAGAAAAAGGGAUUCUCAAUGUUCUUCGCUUUUGCUUGUGCAACCAUAGUCCUCACUGGCUUGCCUGAUUCAGUCUAUGGCGUCUUCGUCCCGAACGCGGAGUAGUUCGCCGUUUUCUCAUCGGAAAUCUGUUGCUUCUUCUUACUAUUCGAGUCCAUCGCCCAGUUCUUUCACGAACGGGAAGAUGAUUCCUCGACCUUGCUCGAGUUCGGCGUCUUCGCAUUAUGGAAUGGGCGGUGGAUUUGGUUCUCGAUCAAUGGCUCAUGGCCGAGGGGUUUCGGAUUCAAUGCACUAUGGAGGUGGAGGUUAUGGUGAUUGCUCGCCGGUUGGGUUUAUUUCUGAUGAUUUGAUUGCUGAGCCUGUGGAUGAGCUGAGGAAUGGAGAUAGCAUUUCGGUGACGAUUCGGUUUCGGCCUUUGAGUGAGAGGGAGUUCCUGAAAGGGGAUGAGAUUGCUUGGUAUGCGGACGGGGACAAGAUCGUGCGCAAUGAGUAUAAUCCGGUCACGGCCUAUGGAUUUGAUAGGGUGUUUGGACCAGAAACGAUUUCACAGGAGGUGUAUGAAGUUGCGGCCAAACCUGUCGUUAAGUCAGCGAUGGAGGGUGUUAAUGGAACUGUAUUUGCUUACGGUGUGACAAGCAGUGGGAAGACGCACACUAUGCAUGGAGAUCAAAACUCUCCAGGUAUCAUACCACUGGCUAUAAAAGAUGUUUUCAGCAUCAUCCAAGAUACUCCUGGAAGGGAAUUCUUGCUUCGUGUAUCUUACCUUGAAAUAUACAAUGAAGUGAUAAAUGACUUGCUAGAUCCAACAGCCCAGAAUUUGCGUGUUAGGGAAGAUGCACAGGGCACUUAUGUUGAGGGUAUAAAGGAAGAAGUGGUUUUAUCUCCUGGACAUGCUUUAUCAUUUAUAGCCGCUGGAGAAGAGCAUCGUCACGUUGGAUCAAAUAAUUUCAAUCUUUUUAGUAGCCGGAGUCACACCAUCUUUACGCUGAUGAUUGAAAGUAGUGCACAUGGUGAUGAGUAUGACGGUGUCAUCUUCUCUCAGCUUAAUUUGAUUGAUUUAGCUGGGUCAGAGAGCUCAAAGACCGAGACUACUGGACUGAGGAGAAAGGAAGGAGCCUACAUAAACAAAAGUCUUUUGACUCUUGGAACAGUUAUUGGGAAAUUAAGCGAGGGGAAGGCAUCCCAUGUUCCUUAUCGAGAUUCUAAGCUUACUCGUCUUCUACAAUCCUCACUCAGUGGUCAUGGACACGUUUCACUUAUUUGCACAGUAACUCCUGCAUCCAGUAACAUGGAGGAAACUCACAAUACAUUGAAGUUUGCUAGCAGGGCCAAACGAGUUGAAAUCUAUGCCUCGCGCAAUAAGAUAAUUGAUGAAAAAUCUUUGAUAAAGAAGUAUCAGAGAGAAAUUUCAACCCUCAAGCAAGAGCUUGAUCAGUUGAAAAGGGGGGUCAUUGUUGGUGUUAAUCAUGAGGAGAUAAUGAAUUUGAGGCAACAAUUGGAAGCAGGUCAAGUGAAAAUGCAAUCAAGAUUAGAGGAGGAAGAAGAAGCUAAGGUUGCUCUCAUGAGUAGGAUUCAGAGGCUGACUAAACUCAUACUAGUCUCUUCUAAGAAUUCUAUUCCUGGAUGUUUGAGUGACGUUCCUAGUCAUCAAAGGAACAAAUCUUCUUUUGAUGAUAAGUUUGAGGUCCCCCAAGAAUUGCUUUCCGAAAGCGAGAAUCAAAAUGAUCCAUCUUCAAUUCUUCACUCAGAUGUUUCUUCAAUCCAGUUGAACGGCGAAGGCUUACCAGCUGCUAGUGUAAUCACUGGAUCAACUAACGACGAAAUGUCAAUGUCAGAUCAGAUGGAUCUGCUGGUCGAGCAAGUUAAGAUGCUUGCUGGAGAGGUUGCAUUUAAAACCAGCACACUGAAACGUCUGGUUGAGCAGUCUGUUGAUGAUCCUGAUGGUUCUACAGUUCAGAUCCAGGACUUAGAACAUGAAAUUCAAGAAAAGAAGAGGCAAAUGAGGGCUUUGGAACAACGAAUUGCUGAGGGUGACAAGUCUUCAGUUUCUAGUGCAUCAGUGGCUGAAAUGCAGCAGACUGUUACAAGAUUAAUGACUAAGUGCAGUGAAAAGGACUUUGAGCUGGAGAUCAAAACGGCAGACAAUCGUGUUCUUCAAGAGCAAUUGCAGAAUAAGUGUGCAGAGAACAAAGAAUUACAGGAGAAAGUAGAACACUUAGAGCAUCAGUUGGCUUCAGUUACUAGCAAUAAAUUGCCAACUUCAUCUGAACAUUGUCUUCCAGAAAAAUAUAUCGAAGAAUUAAAAAAGAAGAUUCAAUCUCAGGAGAUUGAGAAUGAAAAUCUGAAAUUGGAAUCAGUUCACUUUUCAGAAGAAAUAAGUGGGUUGCAUGUACAGAAUCAAAAAUUGGCAGAAGAAGCUUCUUACGCGAAGGAGCUAGCCUCGGCUGCUGCUGUUGAGUUGAAAAAUUUAGCAGCUGAAGUCACCAAGCUCUCCUUGCAAAAUUCAAAAUUAGAAAAGGAGUUAUUGAGUGCUCAAGAAUUGACACACUCUAAAAACACACAGAAUAAUUAUGGUGGGAAUCGUAAGUAUAGUGACGGUGCGAGACCUGGAAGGAAGGGGAGGCUCUCUGGCCGAUCUAAUGAUGUUUCAGCGGCAGCCUGUGACGAUUUUGAUUUUUGGAAUCUUGAUCCAGAUGAUUUGAAAAUGGAACUUCACGCAAGGAAACAAAGAGAGGAAGCCCUUGAGGCUGCUUUAGCCGAAAAGGAACUUAUAGAAAAUGAUUACAGCAAGAAAAUGGAAGAGGCAAAGAAAAGGGAGGCAGCUCUUGAAAAUGAUUUGGCCAAUAUGUGGGUACUGGUUGCUAAGUUGAAGAAAGAGGGUGGAGGUGGAGCUAUCUCAGAUGUUAAAAGUGAUGCAAGGCAGGAUUCUGGAAUGGACAAUAUUAUCGAUACAACAACGACAAAUGAUAAUGAAACUCUGACCAUCUCUAAAGAAGACACUGUUCCUGUUGAUGAUUCGAAAAAACCUGAAGAAACACGUGAGGAAGAACCGGAACCAUUGGUUGUUCGCCUAAAGGCACGGAUGCAAGAGAUGAAGGAAAAGGAUCUCAAGUGCCUAGGAAACGUUGAUACGAAUUCACACAUGUGUAAAGUUUGUUUCGAGUUGCCAACCGCAGCAAUUCUUCUUCCAUGUCGACAUUUUUGUUUAUGUAAAUCUUGUUCACUUGCAUGUUCCGAGUGUCCAAUUUGUCGUACAAAGAUUGUAGAUAGGCUCUUUGCGUUUACAUCUUGACAUGCUGAUACAUGUCCUUUUCCCACCAGGUAAUUCAUACUUUCCCUUCUACUCCAUCAACCUCGACCACAAUCGGCAUUGCCUGUCGUGAUCCGAAACCUUGUUCAUCGACUCGUUACUGCUUUACUUUAUCAUCAAACAUGCAAAAAACCAUUUUACUUCAGUUUUAUGAUUAUGUACUGGCAGGAAUUCACUAUUCUCAACUGCCUGCAAUCUACCAUACUAUCCAGGACGAGAUUCUUUUAUUAGUCUUGCUUAUAUGCAACUGUACAAAAGGUACAUAAUUAUUGUUUAUUGUGUUCAAAUCUUUGAGAGAUGUAAAAUAAUACCAAAAGAGAAGAUCUGCAUAUUAAAAAAUUCAUCUUUGAGAGAUGGAAAGCUUUUUUUUGCUUAUUAGUUGUUUCAAACUUUCAUUUUAAAUAUGCAACUACUCUUUUUACCUUC